AUGCAUGUCAGUGAUGAACUUCAUGGCAAAGAGCCCAGGAAGAGUGUCUUAGGGCUCAGCAGGGCUAAAGAAGACAGGCUGGGUAAAAAUGUAUUUGACCGCACCGAACAGGACAACAAGCUGGCACCAUCAAUUGAGGAUGAGACUUUCUUGAACAUAAUGGACAAAGAAGUCUACAGAAAUGAUUCAAACAGUUGGGUCGCUCCACUACCGUUCAGGCAGCCUAGAGAACGGUUGCCCAACAACCGCAGCCAAGCACUCAAACGAUUCGAAUCACUUCAAUGCAAUUUGAGAAGAAAGCCGGAGAUGGAACAGCAAUAUGUGGCAUUCAUGGGAAAACUGCUGGAAAAUGAUCAUGCUGAGGUGGCACCAGGACUAAGGGAAGACGAAGAGUGUUGGUACUUACCAAGCUUUGCAGUAUUUCACCCACAAAAACCAGGUCAAAUCAGGGUGGUGUUUGAUUCGAGUGCCCAACACUCCAGAAUCUCCUUAAAUAAUGUCCUAUUGACUGGCCCUGAUCUUAACAACUCCCUUCUGGGAGUACUCAUGCGGUUCCGAAAGGAAAAGGUGGCUGUUAUGGCAGACAUACAGCAGAUGUUUUACUGCUUCCUCGUAGAAGAAAAACACAGGAACUAUUUGAGAUUUUUAUGGUUCAAGAACAAUGAUGUGACAAGUGAAGUCGUAGACUACAGGAUGAAGGUCCAUGUGUUCGGGAACAGCCCGUCUCCAGCAGUGGCAAUUUAUGGGCUUAGAAGGGCUGUCAGAAAGGGUGCACAAAGAUAUGGACAAGACACAGUCAACUUUGUUGAACGUCACUUUUAUGUUGAUGACGGUCUUUGUUCUGUCCCUACUGAUGCUGAAGCCAUUGACUUGUUGCGUAGGACUCAGGCUUCACUUGCUGAGUCGAACCUCAGGCUCCACAAGUUUGCAUCAAAUAGUCCGGCAGUCUUGGCAGCUUUCCCAAGUGAGGACUGUGUGGCAGCUGGAAAAGAGGUAGACCUCUGUGGGAAGGAGUCACCCAUCCAACGCAGCUUAGGCCUCCUGUGGGAGGUAGCUACGGACACAUUCACCUUUUCUGUGUCAGUUGAUGUAAAACCGUUUACCCGUCGUGGAGUUCUCUCCAUGGUGAACAGUGUUUUUGAUCCCUUGGGUUUUUUGGCUCCUGUUGUAAUCCAAGGCAGAGCCCUUCUCAGAGAGCUGAAUUCUGAGGCUUCAGAGUGGGACACUCCAUUACCUGAAGAGAAAUUAGGCAAGUGGGAGGCUUGGCGAAACUCACUUCAAGAGUUGAAGCACUUCCAUAUUUCAAGGAUGUACACAGGCCUCUCUCUAACCAAGGCCGAACGCAUAGAACUCUGUGUGUUCUGUGAUGCUUCUACUAUGGCCAUUGGGGCUGUAGCCUAUUUGAAGACCAUCCAAGAAGACAUUGUUGACAUUGGAUUUGUCAUGGGGAAGUCUAAACUUGCUCCUCAAUCAGAGCCAACCAUACCGAGACUUGAACUAUGUGCUGCGGUUUUCGCUGUGGAAGUGGCUGAACUGAUUCAGGAUGAACUGGACUUGAAGCUAGAUUCCAUUAAGUUUUACACUGAUAGCAGAGUGGUCCUUGGAUGCAUUCAUAACCAAUCCAGACGGUUUUAUGUAUAUGUCCACAAUCGAGUCCAGCGUAUUCGCCAGACCACAAAUCCUGAACAGUGGCAAUACGUACGCACAGAGGACAAUCCAGCUGACAUUGCGUCAAGGUCUGUUCCAGCAUCACGUCUCACACAAACAAUGUGGUUCAGUGGACCUACCUUUUUGCGUAAGCUUUCCAGUCAACCAGAGCCUAUUCAGUCAUUCAGUUUAGUCUCACCAGAAUUGGAUGCGGAGAUUCGUCCGGAUGUGAAGAGUUAUGCCACCCAGCUACAAAAGAAAGGUCUCAGCAUAGAGCGUUUUGAGAGGUUCUCCACCUUUAACACUCUCCAGCGAGCUGUGGCAUUCUUAAUUCAUGUUGCAAGAUCUUACAAGUCCCCUAACAUGAUGGACAAGUGUAGAGGAUGGCAUAAAUGUGAGCUGCCUCGCUCUCCGGAUGAGCUUUCCCAAGCCAGAGAAGUCAUCAUUAGAGCCGUUCAGAGAAAAGCAUUUGGAAAGGAAUUUGAAACUCUAGAAAGAGACAAGCCAAUUCCUAUAAACAGCUGUCUACGUCGUCUCAACCCUAUCUUGCAGAAUGACCUCAUCUGUAUCGGAGGCCGUCUGAAAAACGCAGACGUAGAGAUUGACCAAAAGAACCCUGUAAUUCUCCCAAAAGACAACCAUGUUUCCUUGCUGCUCAUCAGACAUCAUCAUACCCAAGUAAAACAUCAGGGUCGCCAUUUAACAGAAGGCGCUGUGAGAGCUGCAGGACUCUGGAUUUUGGGAGGUAAAAGGCUCAUUAACUCAACUCUUCACAAAUGCGUGACCUGUCGUAGACUCAGAGGACGGAUGCAGGAGCAACUAAUGGCGGAUUUGCCACCAGAGCGUCUCAAGGCCUGCCCUCCCUUCACGUAUGUGGGGCUAGAUGUCUUCGGACCAUGGCACAUCACUACCAGACGUACAAGAGGAGUUCAGCCUGAGAGCAAGAGGUGGGCCAUAUUAUUCUGUUGUAUGAGCUCCAGGGCGGUUCACAUUGAGGUGAUUGCCUCAAUGGACACUUCAAGCUGUAUCAAUGCCUUAAGGCGUUUCUUCGCCAUAAGAAGACCAGCCAAACAACUACGGUCAGAUUGUGGCACGAAUUUCAUAGGGGCCUGCAGAGAACUCGGGAUGAGCGCAGACCAACCAGACACCGCUGUGCAGAGGUACCUACACCAGCAAGGAUGCUCCUGGGUGUUUAACCCACCACAUGCUUCGCACAUGGGUGGUUCAUGGGAACGCCUCAUUGGAGUGGCUCGAAGGAUCCUGGAGUCAAUGCUUCUUGAAAAUGGCACUCGCCUGACCCAUGAAAUCUUGUGCACACUAAUGGCGGAGGUGGCAGCAAUUAUGAAUGCAAGGCCUCUGGUUCCAGUUUCAAAUGAUCCAGAGGAUCCAUUCAUUCUCACACCAUCUAUGUUGUUAACUCAGAAAGUCAGUACUCCACCUCCUCCAGGAGACUUUACGGACAGAGACCUCCUAACUAAGCAGUGGAGACAAGUACAAGCCUUGUCAAACAUGUUCUGGCGCCGUUGGAGACAAGUGUACUUGUCAACUUUACAAGGCCGGAAGAAAUGGACCAAGUCCCACCAAAAUCUGCAAGAAGGAGAUGUUAUCCUCCUCAAGGACAACCUAGUUGUCCGCAACAACUGGCCUAUGGCGAUAAUCACAAAGGCUAUUCCUGGAGAAGACGGGAAAGUCCGUAAGGUGGAAUUGAAGACCACAGAUCAAGGACAUUCAAAAAAGUACCUUAGACCAGUUACAGAACUUGUUUUGCUUCUGAGUAAAGAAUGAUGUUCAUAUGUUUAGUUAAUACAUAAUUUGUUAAGUGUAGUGACCUCACAGAUGCCAGGCGGGGAGUGUGUUGCCAUUAAGGCAAAAUGUUAAGGACUUUUAUUUUGAUACGAUGUAGACCUGGAGUUCGGGGUUAGAGGUUAUUUCCUGUAUAGAAGAAAGGAAGCUGACAGUAUGUGUGCACAUGUAAUCCAUCUGUUGUUAGCACUAGAAGCAAUGUCUUUUCACUCUGUCAUGUAAGAUGAUGUUGAAAGCCACAUUAAACAGCAAGAAAUCGCUCACUACGACUUGUCGUCAUUUUGCAUCAGAGUUAGCUGGCUGUAUAGCUACAGUUGCUACACUGCAGUGAGGACAGCACACUAAUCAUGCUAAAAUCAUGCUAGCAACAUGCUAG